UUUACAGGCCCAGCAAUUCAAUUACUCAGCGCGUCCCUCACUUUCCUGAUUAGGAUUAGGUGAGACGGGAAACUCCAGUCGCCGCGCAAACGUCAGCUCGCCGGACGGGGAGAGGUGAAAUUACUGAUUGAGCCGAUAUUUUGCAGGAGCGGCUACAGAAGCAUGGCUAAGACAAGGAAUCAAAAGUCCAAACCUAAUAACAAACAAAACCAUAUUAAGAAGCAUGGAAAACAGGCUGAUAUCUCUGAAUUUCGGGCUCAGCUCGACGCUUUGGGCUUGAAAAUUAUUCAAGUCACAGCAGAUGGUAAUUGUUUCUUCAGAGCUAUAGGUGAUCAAUUGGAAGGUGAUGAGGACAAGCACGAGAAAUAUAGGAGUAUGGUUGUGCAAUACAUCAGGAAGAACCGUGAAAUGUUUGAGCCAUUUAUUGAAGAUGAGGUACCAUUUGAUGAAUAUUGUGAAUCCAUGGAAAAGGAUGGUACAUGGGCAGGACACAUGGAACUGCAAGCUACUUCUCUUGUUACUCACAGUAACAUUUGCAUCCACCGACAUAUGUUUCCUCGCUGGUACAUACGAAAUUUUGACAAUCGGGAAGCUCAGAUGAUCCAUCUUUCUUAUCAUGACGGGGAGCAUUAUAAUAGUGUUAGAUUGAAAGAAGACUCAUGUAGUGGACCAGCUAGGCCUGUAAUCAUCAAGGCUGAUGCUGAUCUUUCAGCAAAAUCCAGUCAAACUGUAAAUGUUUCCACCAAGCAUAAAGCAGAAGCUGGUAGGGAUGUGGUGCAUCCUGGAUCUGUUAAAAUGGUUAUGUCUGGAAGUGGGUGUGAAGACACAGUAAAAGUUGAACAGGUUCUACUACAAGUAGGUGGUGAUGUGGAUGCUGCAAUUGAAUUUCUUAUAGCAGAACAAGGAUCUGACAUUCACUUGUCUAUAAACAAUGAAUCCACUUGUUUAGCAAACUGUUCUCAUGUGUACUCAGGUGACUCCAAGGGGAACUGCAAUGACGGCAUUGUACAACCCGAGGACAAUACUCGUGAACAUGAUUCAGCUAACAAUGAUAUAGAAGGUCAUGAUAAUUGCAGCUCACAGCUUGAUGAAAAGAAAGUUCCACGAAAUAAGGCCUGCCCCUGCGGUUCAAAAAAGAAAUAUAAGUCUUGUUGUGGUUCUGUUGCUGGGAAGUCUUCUGCAAGAUUGGCAGUCAGUCAAGCAGUUGAAUAUGGAAAAGGGCGGAAAGACAAAAAGCAAGGAAAGAAAGGUAGAGCUGCCAAUGUUGCAGGUUCCAAUCAAUCUGAUGCUGAAUUACCUGAUAUGGGCGCACUUUGUAUAUAAUGCAGGAUUCUCUAGAAUUUUGCAGUCUGCGAAACGAGAACCUGAAGAUAAAAUCCAAACGAGCGAUUGGUGAGUGAUGACACACACCAUAUAUUGUAUUUCAACUUGCUUACCUUUUGAACCGGACAGUUUAUUUGCCGGUUUUCUAAUGCAAGAAGUGAAAAAUCCUUAGAAGAGGAGCUAUGCUGCGAAGUGCAGACAAAGGCAUAUUUCCUGGGAAGAAAGGAAAAAAUGAAAUGCAAUGCAAUGCAAUUGAGGCCAGAAAUGGAAGCCCAUUGCAUUGCCUUGUGAAUUAUGAUGCAUGUUACUCCAUGGCAUUUAAUUUUCUUCUAUUAUAAUGUACAAUACAUGUAUUAUGCCUUCUUUAAAGCUCCAUAAAACUCAUUAGUGUGAUUGAUAUAUUUGGACAUUAAAAACAAUAGUCCAUUUUAUA